AUGCCCCCUACUUCCCCAAUUGAGGGCCAUCCUCGUGUUGGGCUGGUCAUCGCAAGGUUGAUGGUUAGAGGUGAAGACCGAGGCGUGAGGCCUUUUGUUGUGAGAAUCAACGAUGGCAGAGUGAUGAGUGAAGGUAUUACAUGCAGGGUGCUACCACGUCGCACGGGUUCCAAAAUGGUCGAUCAUUCCAUUACUAUGUUCAACCAUGUACAUUUGCCUAGAUCAAGCUUGCUUGGAUCUAUCGAACCCCCCUCCAAUGACCGUCAGAACUUUCUUUCUGUAAUUUCUCGGAUAAGUGUUGGUACUCUGGCCAUAUCGAUGGCGAUGAUUCCAAUUUUGAAAAGAUGCGCUUUUGUGGCUGGCAAGUACAGUCUUCGCAGACACAUCAGAGGGCCUACAGGGUCACAGAUCCCAAUCAUAACCUUCCGAACACAGCAAGCUCCUAUACUUCAUGCCUUGGCUAGUAUAGCUGUUUUUGAAGCCUGGGCUACAGAUUGCGUUCAAAAGUUUUGCGAUGCGAGGCUCGAAACGCCUGUGCGGCAUGGCUUGGCAACAGCAUUCAAAGCCGUCUUGACAAAAGCCACUCAAGAUACAUUGUACACCUGGACUGAAAGGUGUGGAGCUCAGGGACUCUAUGAGCACAACCACAUCAUCGAAUCUCAGCUGGAGAGUCGGGGGAUCUCGAUCUCUGAAGGGGAUACUCUUACGCUCUGCAUUCGCAAGUCUCGGCACCGAAUGCUGUUACAAGAGAAGUAUAAGCUACCACCACCAGAUCAUCCGGAAUCCCCUCUUGCUCGACACGAGGCCAGUGUAUUCGACGAGUGUCGCACCCUUCUACAAAAGAUGGAGGGUGGCCACAGGAGCCCAGAGUUCAAUCGAGUUAUCCUUCCUAGAUGUCACUUUCUAAUUGAAUCUGCUGGCCAGCGCUUGGCAUACGAGGCAGCGUUAUCUGCCAAUGUUUCGCCUAUUUUACUCGCAAUAUACGAAACAGGGAGCAUCAGGCAAGACUCUUCCUGGUAUCUUGAGAAGGGUGGAAUAUCCCGAGAAAAGCAGUUUGAGAUGGAGAUUCAGGCUUUGGACGCUGGCUUACCCUUGCUUGACCAAUUACUGGACCAAAUGGACGUGGAACCGUAUUGCACAGCCCCAAUUCUGUCGGAGUCUUUGAUGGAAAAGUUCAAUGAUGGAUUGACCACAUAUGGGGGUGUGGAUAUGGCAAUGUCUGGCGGAAUUUCUAUUGCACAAAGCAAAUUGUGA